AUGUGCAGAAUCACGCAGGAUGUUGAAUACUGCAUCAACUGCGGCAGGACGAUACUCUACCGCGACAAUUUCGAACCUGGUGCAGAGGCACACUCUACCGACACAUCGAUGAGACCUACGUUCAGUCUUGCCAUAGAUGUCAUCCACACUCUCAUCCUUACGCGGACGACUACGAGCGGUCUCUCAGAUUUCCCGCAGAGAUAUCUCCACCCCGACAAACACUCGCUCGACAUGUCAACCGGCUGCCAUCUCCCCCUCCCGCUUAUCAUAGUACAGCAACUUCGCAGCGCAUCUCUCAGCCUCCACCGCAGUACAGCCCGCCGCGCCGCAACCUGA